UUUGCGAGCCCAACUUAACAACGAACCCGCUUCUCGACUCUCCAAAACCGUGCCUCCCUCGAAAACCAAAGAACACCGGCGCCGGUGAUCUUCCCGAGGGUUUGAGGAGCUUGAUCCUUUCGCCGAUUCCAUCACUGUCCUUAUCGAAGUCUUGCACUCUCAAAAGAAGUAAAUGGCCACCGGCGCAGAGGAAAGAUCAAGCUCCGCCAUGGUGGACUUCGAGGAAGAUGACGACGCACCAAUUAUGAGCUCCCGAACUCUGGAGGCCUUGAAGGAGUUCCUGAGCGAGCAGAACUCACUGGGCAUCGGAGUCAGAGGCGAAGAAGGUGGGGAAGCAGAUGAAGUGAGGUUGGUGACGGAGGAUUGGAGGCUAAGCCAGUUCUGGUACGACCAAGUGACGGCGGAGACGGUCGUCAAUGAGAUUAGGGCUCUCUGCUCUUCGGUGUCCGCUCGUGUGGCCUGCGUCUCUUGUCCCACUCUCUAUGCUUAUCUCAAGAAAAUUGAACCUAACAUCUCGGUGCAAUUACUUGAGUAUGAUAAGCGCUUUGAGCAGUAUGGUGGUGAUUUUACAUUUUAUGACUACAACCAGCCAGAAGAUUUACCACAAGAGUUGAAACAUAGCUUUCAAGUUGUUGUUGCUGACCCUCCCUAUCUGAGCAAGGAGUGCUUGGAAAAAGUAGCUCAGACCAUAUCAUUCUUGUCCUCCUCAAAAGAUUUUUAUUUACUAUUGCUGACAGGAGCGGUACAACAAGAUAGAGCUGCAGAGCUCUUGAAACUACAUCCUUGCGGCUUCAGGCCUCAGCAUUCAAACAAACUCGGAAACGAAUUCCGACUCUAUACGAACUAUGAUCCCGAAGAAAGAUUAGGAGGCUGGGAGCUAACUGAGUAGAAACCAUCUACAAGUUCAUGUGCAUGUGAGUAAUCUGGAAUCAUUCAUUUACUGAUGCUCUAGUUUGUGGUAAUGCUGUUUGGCAAUCUGCAAUUUUUCGCUAUGUGUGGAAGAUCAAUGGAAUGUCUUUUUUUUUAAAAAAAAAAAAAAAAUUGCUGUAUUGGAUUAUCAGUGAAGUUUAUUGCCAAACUUAGAAUGCAGCAUGAUUGAGUGUCAUGUUGAGCAAAACUCCCUGGUUCAGUUCAUCUGGAGUGAUUGUAGUCUAAGUUUUUAUGCAGUUUUGUUUUAAUUAAAUGUUUUAUUAGGCCUUUUUCUGGGCAGAACCAAAAUCUACUUUGCUUAGUUCCCUGGAAUUAUUUAAAUCAGGUGCA